AUGCUGGAGCGCAUGGAAAACCCCGACCCUGCUGACGAAGGGGUGGACCCGCGGCACAUGUGCCUGGUUGUGUUUCUGUGCGAGGGGGGGCACCACGUCACCGACUGGGUGGCCCCCGGGAGCAUGCGCCCUUACCUGCGGCACGCCGCGGCCUACCCGUACAAGAAGAAGGCGUACGCGGGGACCGCUCGCCUGCAGGUGUGA